AACAACAAUAGUUUCCCUUAUCCGCAGUGUUUGAGGCCUCCCAGCACCAUCCACCCUUCAUAUGCUUCCUGCUAAGCUCAGCUUCAAGGCACAAUGUUUCUGAUGUAACUCCGAUUUUCUCCGGUCUUCAAGUCUUGACGUCCCCUUAAAGUCAGAAGAAUGAGUCGUUUGAAGGGUCUGAAGGCCGAAUCGUCACAGUUUACUCUCGAGGGAGAACCCUUCCGCAUCCUAGGAGGCUCCAUCCAUUACUUCCGCGUCCCCAGGGCCUACUGGGAGGACCGGCUGCUGAAGAUGAAGGCUUGUGGCCUCAAUACACUCACAACAUAUGUGCCAUGGAACCUGCAUGAGCCUGAGAGAGGGACAUUCAACUUUCAUGAUCAGCUGGACCUCAAGGCCUAUGUCAGUUUAGCUGCACAGAUGGGUCUCUGGGUGAUCCUGCGUCCUGGACCUUAUAUUUGUGCUGAAUGGGACUUGGGCGGGUUGCCUAGCUGGUUGCUACAAGAUAAAGACAUGCAGCUGAGGACAACUUAUCCUGGAUUUGUAGAUGCUGUCAAUUUGUAUUUUGACAGGCUAUUCUCUGUGAUCAAACCACUGAUGUUUGAAGAAGGAGGCCCGAUCAUUGCACUACAAGUCGAGAACGAGUACGGAUCAUUUGCAAAAGAUGAGAAAUACAUGCCAUUUAUAAAGAACUGUCUCCAGUCCAGGGGCGUUAAUGAACUCCUGCUGACUUCAGACAACUGGGAAGGCCUGAGAUAUGGAGGGAUGGACGGGGUUCUAAAAACAAUAAACCUUCAGAGACUGUCGUUUGGAGCUAUCCAGCACUUAGCCGACAUGCAGCCCCAGAAACCUCUGAUGGUGAUGGAGUAUUGGUCUGGCUGGUUUGAUGUCUGGGGAGAGCAUCAUCAUGUGUUCCAUGCUGAGGACAUGCUAGCCGUUGUGUCUGAGAUCUUGGAAAGAGGCGUUUCCAUUAAUCUCUACAUGUUUCAUGGUGGAACCAGCUUUGGCUUCAUGAACGGAGCGAUGGAUUUUGGCACCUACAAACCUCAGGUCACCAGCUAUGAUUAUGAUGCCCCCUUAUCUGAAGCUGGUGACUGCACCACAAAAUAUCAACUCUUGAGGAAUUUAUUCAGCCAGUACCACUCUGAGCCUCUUCCUGAAGUGCCCUCUACUCAGGAGAAGAGAGCUUACAGCCUCGUCUUCAUCCAGCACCACCUAUCACUGUGGGACAGCUUGCAUUUCACAGACAAGCCGCACAGGUCAGAGAGGCCAGUGAACAUGGAAAAUCUUCCUGUCAACAGUAACAGCGGUCAGUCUUAUGGUUAUGCACUGUAUGAAACCACCAUCACUAGUGGAGGAGUCCUGAACUCCAGGAACAACAUCAGAGACAGAGCUCUGGUUUUUGUGGACCGACAAUGUGUUGGCAGUUUGGACUACAAGACUCAUGAGGUUGCACUCCCUGAUGGCAAGGGAGAGAGAACACUGAGCUUGCUUGUGGAGAACUGUGGAAGAGUGAAUUACGGGAAAGUUCUGGAUGAACAACGCAAAGGUAUUGUGGGAGACAUUGUGUUGAAUCAGAGCCCUCUGAGAGGAUUUACCACCUUCUGUUUCGACAUGAAGCCGAACUUUAUAAAAAGAUUAACAAAUUCAGGUCACUGGAAAACUGACUUGAAGUCGUCCGGUGUCCCUGGAUUUUUCCAGGCCAGACUCAGUGUGGAUGGUCCACCCAAAGACACCUUCAUCCGACUCCCUGGUUGGGGUAAAGGAGUGGUAUUCGUCAAUGGGCAGAAUCUUGGACGUUAUUGGUUCAUUGGUCCCCAGCAUUUCCUUUAUCUCCCAGGACCUUGGCUCAGAAGUGGAGAGAAUCAGAUUAUUGUUUUUGAGGAACAAAGAGCAGAUGACAAAAUACUGUUUGCUGAAAAUCCUGACCAUGGAAAGACUGUUGAUGUUUACAAACUCCCCUUUUGUACAUUGCUAUGAAAACUGUAACACACACAACCGUACAUAGACACAUUAAAGGACAGUUGGUUGAUACGGACAGUUACUGUAAAUAAAUUCAAACAUGUUUCGUACUAACUAUGACAUUGCUGUACAUAGCAGUAUAAAUGAUUAUUUCAUUCAAAUGUUUAGCUCCAUUUUAUUGCCACUGAUUCCUUUUGCUGAUGUAUUUUACGUGUAAAUACAGUUUUACAACCCAACACUCUUAA